AUGCGGCCCAGGGCCGCGGCAACGUCAACCACCGACGACGCGGGCCGCGGCAUCUCGCGGCCGAUGCCGCCCGUCGUCCUGCGAGUCACCUGCGUCCUUGCCCUACUGGUGCUCGCCGCCACGUGGAUACCGCUCGCCGAAGCUGUGAUCUGCCGGGACUCCUCGUACAAAUGCAAUUGUACCGGCAUCAAAGGGCAGCCGGGAUACACUGGGAUAUCUGGGCCUCAAGGAACGGAGGGUCUUCCAGGCGACAUCGGACCCGACGGACCGCCCGGCCCCAAGGGUGAGAAGGGAGCGGGCGGAGAACCCGGAGCUACCGGAGAGAAGGGCUACCGGGGUGAAGAGGGUAUACGAGGAUUUGAUGGAACUCCGGGACACUCCGGUCAUCCCGGUAUACUCGGCGUGACGGGUCCGGACGGGCUGGACGGAUGCAACGGAACGGACGGCCGCGAGGGUGCACCGGGUAUGCCCGGAGUUUAUGGGCCGCGCGGUGUGGUGGGACCGAUAGGAGAUUACGGUCCUACGGGAGAGCCCGGUGAUGGAGGUAUCAAUUCGGUUGGUGCCAAAGGAAUUCGCGGAGAGGCCGGUGUGAACGGACAGGAGGGUUAUCCAGGAGCGUAUGGUCUCACCGGCGAAAUGGGUUAUCCAGGUGACACUGGCGACUUCGGUUUGAUAGGUGCGCCCGGAUUGCCGGGUAUGCAAGGUGACCGUGGUGACAGUGUCUACGGUGUGAAGGGUCAGCCUGGCGAACAGGGUGACAGAGGAGAGGCUGGAUCACCGGGUAAAGACGAAUAUAAGAAAAAAGAAAAAUCGACGCCCGUGAAAGGUCAACCUGGACCAAAGGGCAUGAAAGGCGACUACGGAGGUUGGGGUCUCAAAGGAGAGUUGGGUAUCAGAGGUCCACGGGGUCGAUCAGGCUUCCAGGGCAUCAAGGGUGUAAAGGGUGAGCAAGGUGACGAUGGACCAAGAGGCAAGCAGGGUGUCGAGGGCCCGCCAGGUCCAGCUGGUGAAAAGGGAGAGAAAGGAGCUCCAGGAUUCGCGGGAUUACCUGGCGCGGAUGGGAGUGAUGGAGAAGAAGGAGAAGAAGGAAAUCGCGGUUCACCUGGUAAACAGGGUGCCGAAGGAGAACCUGGAAAAUACAUUCCGGAACUCGACGAGAUAAUCGCUGGGAAUAUCGGAAUACAAGGAGAUCUUGGUCCCAUUGGUGACGCUGGCGAGCCUGGUACACCUGGUCAGAUAGGAAAAGUAGGUUUCAUAGGACCACCGGGAUCACCAGGACCUCCGGGUAUCUCCGGUUUGCCGGGAACGAAGGGUUCAUCCAUAAAAGGAGAACAAGGAGAUGAUGGCUUAGCGGGUUCUAUCGGACCUCAAGGACCUCCCGGACUGCCCGGUUUACCCGGAAUCGUCGGAGCUAAAGGAUUUCCUGGUGUAACGAUAAUUGGACCACCAGGACCUGAUGGCAUCCCGGGCCACCCAGGAGUGUCAGGCUCUCUUGGUGAACGCGGUGAUCCCGGUCCUCCCGGAGAAAAAGGUUUCCCUGGAAAAGGCAUAAGGAUCCGCGGACCUCCUGGAGAACGAGGUCUGCCCGGCACACCAGGUUUACCUGGCCCCGAUGGUUGGCCCGGUAGAUCCGGUCCUAAAGGAGUCAAAGGUUUUCGAGGAGACGAUUGUGGCGUGUGUACACCCGGUCUACCCGGUGAGAAAGGAGAGCGUGGUGAGUCUGGUUUGGACGGAUAUCCUGGUGCGUCUGGUUUCCCCGGAUUGCCUGGUCCUCGGGGUUUUAAAGGAAUACAAGGAAAACGAGGCCCGGUCGGACCUUCAGGACUUCAAGGUGACAGCGGAAGGUCCGGUAUUGCGGGGAUCCAAGGACCCAAAGGCGAAGCAGGCAAGAUAUUUUUCCCGCCAAGCGAAAAGUUUGUGAGUCCACCGGGUGACUUCGGCGAAAAAGGCUUACCUGGACCCGAAGGACUUAGAGGUCCACGAGGAAGACCAGGACUUAUCGGUGACAAUGGUGCACCAGGACCAAAAGGAGACAAGGGUGAACAUGGUGCACUUGGAUUACCGGGUAGAGACGGUUCGCCGGGAUGGGAUGGUAUACCUGGUGAAAAAGGCGAGGACGCUUCAGUACCGCUCGCGUUUCUGCGCGGAGAUCUUGGAUAUCUGGGAGCAACAGGAGAGAAAGGAAUACAAGGAGACAAGGGUAUCAAGGGAGAAAGUGGAGUAUCCCUGGAUUAUAAUCUACAAUCUAAAGGCGAAAAAGGUUACAAAGGUGAAAGAGGAUCUAUCGGUCAAUUUGGUUUCAAAGGCUUCCAAGGACGCGCGGGUGACGAAGGUAUAACCGGAUCACCCGGUGAGGCUGGCUCACCAGGUAUUUCGCCUCAAGGCUUUGUAGGCUUGAAGGGUUAUCCCGGAAUGCCAGGAGAACAAGGAUAUCGUGGUGCACCAGGUUCACCUGGAUCGCAGGGACCAGUAGGUUUUCCGGGUCGCGUUGGCAACAAAGGUGACCGAGGAGAUCCGGGCACGAAUCUGACUUACGGUGAGAUCGGAGAACGCGGAUGGUACGGUCCAAAAGGAGAUUUCGGUAAUAGCGGUCCUCCAGGAUUGCUUGGACGAACAGGAGAGGACGGUGCGAAAGGUGCCAAGGGUGCUAAAGGAGCGCCUGGUUACGAGGGGUUACCUGGUCUUCCAGGAACCAAAGGUCAACGUGGCGAUAGUACACAAGGUAAUCGAGGUCUGCCAGGUAUACCUGGCCAACCUGGAAUGCCUGGAAGAAUUGGAGAUGUCGGCGUGCGUGGUCCCGAUGGUCCUUCUGGAUUUGACGGAAUGAAGGGCUUGAAAGGUGAAGUGGGCUUCAUCGGGCGACGUGGUGAUGAUGGUGACACGGGACUUCAGGGAUACCAAGGCAUGCACGGUAUACAAGGGAAACCAGGUGUUCCAGGGAGAAAAGGAGAAGUAGGCGAGAUUGGCGAGUCAGGACCAUCUGGUUGGCUCGGUGUCGACGGUAUAGACGGAGCACCCGGGCCUAAAGGAGAAAUGGGAGACUUUGGAUUCCCCGGUGUGCCGGGGGUGCCAGGACCGCCUGGAUUUAAAGGUGAAUUGGGUAAUCGUGGACUCGAAGGAUAUCCUGGACUUCUUGGCGAAAACUCCUUCAGUGGUCCUCAGGGUGAAAGCGGUGAGCCUGGUUUCAUGGGAGAAAUCGGGCCACCCGGUUUGACUGGAUUCGACGGUAGACCGGGUUUGCCAGGAGAACCAGGAUUAUCUGCCGAUGGGUUCAACGGCCUGCAAGGACAGAAAGGCGAACCAGGAUUCGACGGAUUCGAUGGUACCGAGGGACCAAAAGGAGAAAUUGGUGACAUGGGUCCUGAUGGAUUCAAAGGCGAGCGAGGAGAUCGAGGUUUCCCUGGAAGGCGAGGUCUGCCGGGAGUGUCCGGUAGACACGGUACAAAAGGUACAAGGGGCCCGAUUGGUCCCGCUGGAUUUGACGGAUUAAAAGGAAAACGCGGUCCCGAUGGCGAUCCUGGUACAAUGGGUCGACCAGGAAUGCCGGGCGACAAGGGUUUCAGAGGAGCACCGGGUAUCAUGGGUGCUCCCGGAUUUAAGGGUUACAUUGGCGAGCCUGGUUCACCAUCUUACGCUUUCGCGGAAAAGGGCGAUUACGGUAACCGCGGCCAUGAUGGUUUCCCCGGUGUGAAAGGACAAGUGGGCGAGCCAGGAUACAUAGGAAUACACGGCCGCAAGGGUCAAACCGGAGAUCGAGGAUACGCAGGUCCCGCCGGUUUUACAGGAUUACCCGGUUUCCCUGGUCUGCCGGGUGAUCAAGGAUCUGCCGGAGCUCCAGGUUUGAUUGCUGAAUAUGCUGAGCCCGGUGAAAUUGGUCGCGCUGGUCUGGAUGGUUUACCCGGUGUCGCAGGACGUCCAGGACAGAAGGGAGCUCCCGGUGAAUAUGGUCCAAAUGGACCUAUAGGAAUCUCUGGAGACAUAGGCGACAGCAUUCGCGGCCCUAAAGGAUCUGUGGGAGAACCAGGUGCUAGAGGAUUCGUCGGCUUACCAGGCGUACCAGGCUCGCAAGGAGUGCAAGGCUUCACUGGGGCACCAGGUCCAAAAGGUUUACGCGGAGAACAAGGAAUAUCCGCGGGUAGCAUCAAAGGGCAACCUGGUGAAGUUGGAUUUACUGGAUUGGACGGUCGAUUUGGGCAGAAAGGAAUGAAGGGUGAAAAUGGUCUACCCGGGUUCAGCGGAUUACCUGGACCGAAAGGAGUACAAGGAGAACCUGGUGAACUUGGUCUACCUGGAUUGCCUGGCCCUCACGGGCCUCAAGGACCGAAGGGAGAACUCGGCAUAAAUCCUUUCUCGCCAUUCCCUAGAAAAGGACUUCAGGGUGAUAUAGGACCGCCAGGAUUACCGGGUUUCCAAGGACAACAAGGAAUGAUGGGUGAUCCUGGCAAGGACGGCUUGCCUGGACGAGAGGGUGAAAGAGGUAUGAUUGGUCUGCCUGGACUGUCAGGACCGGAUGGUGAAGAUGGGCCUACGGGUUACUCAGGACCUCCUGGAGCGACUGGACGUCAAGGGCCACCAGGAUCCCCUGGUGCACCUGGUAUACCCGCACAGAACGGAAUCGGUCCAAAGGAUAGAGGUUUUUACUUUGCUCGUCACUCGCAGUCCGAAAUGAUACCAAUUUGUCCAAAAAAUACUGUAAAAUUAUGGGAAGGAUUUUCUCUAUUGCACACCAUGGGCAAUGGACGAGCCUACGCGCAGGAUCUUGGCGCUGCCGGUAGCUGCAUCAAAAAGUUCUCUACCAUGCCGUUCAUAUUCUGCAACUUGAACAACGUGUGCGAUUACGCCAAUCGUAACGACUACAGCUACUGGCUCAGUACGACCGAGCCGAUGCCGACGAUGAUGACACCGAUACCGGCACCGGAAGUUGGUAGAUACAUAUCGAGAUGCUCUGUGUGCGAGGCGCCAACCAGAGUGAUAGCCGUCCACAGUCAAUCCAUGGCUAUACCCGAGUGCCCAGGUGGCUGGGAGGAAAUCUGGGUCGGAUACAGUUUCCUCAUGCAUAGAGACGCGGCCGCCGACGGCGGUGGUCAGUCGCUGGUUUCCCCGGGAUCCUGCCUCGAAGAUUUCCGCCUCCGGCCGUUCAUCGAAUGCCGCGGUCUUGGCACCUGCAACUACUUCGCCACCGCGACGUCGUACUGGUUAGCGACAAUCCAUGACAAUGAGAUGUUCCGCAAGCCGCUGCAGCAGACUCUUAAGGCCGAUCACACGUCCCGGGUGAGUCGAUGCGCCGUGUGUGUUCGUCGGCGUGUCACCGAGGUCCAAGGCAGGACGGACCUGAAGCCUUUCACGUCCAACAACGAGCGAGUACCGAGCAACGUUCAUUACCCUCCGUCGCCGCGCUAUCCGACCGAUUACCAGUCGCAUAGAACGCGAGCCGGCCAAGAGAGAUACCCCAGCAACCAAGAUAGAUAUUCUAACCAGGACAGAUACUCCAGUCAGGAUAGAUAUUCCAACCAAGAUAGAUAUUCCAGCCAGGAUAGAUAUUCCAACCAGGAUAGAUAUUCUAACCAGGAUAGAUAUUCCAACCAAAACAGAUAUCCUAACAACCAGGACAGAUACUCCAACAACAGACACAACAAUUACCGUAGGAGGGGUCGCGUACGCGGCAGGCAGGGCGAACGACCGUCAGAGUCACCCGACAAUCAGCCGUAGAGGAUGAUAUACGAAGUGCACACACAACACCGAGAACACGAGCGGCGUCAGUGACGUGCCAGGGCGUAGCGAGCCUAUGUAUAUAAGAAAACAAGAAACUCUCUUUCUCUUCUACUAGUUAAGUUAUGUAUGACAGCCGGGUGUGCCCUCUGGUUCGUUGACUUUAGGCUGGGUAGAAAAGGAUAGCAUGGACAAAUACUUAGAGGCGAUUGGGGAGGCUAAAGUAAGCCGUUUGAGAUAAUCCGAACAACACGGAGGUCCGAGAGAUACAAAGACUAAAAGGAAAUUCUCACGGUAUUGUUUGCAGUCUCUCGCAUAAGAAUUGGGAAAGAAACUAUGUCAAUAAAUGCUUUUCUUUCUUUUUAAUAGAAUCGAUCAAUGUAUUCUCGAUAAUCUGUGAGAAAAAUUGGUAAUUAUCGACUAUAGGAGAAGCAGCUCCAAUCACCUUGAUCUUGACAUGUAUUAUAGAGAUCACCCUCCUGAGUAACCCUUAGAAGGUUUUAGGCAGCGCUUGUUGUUUAAAAACUUAUGAACAAAAAAGUUUGAGUAAAUCAAACGUAAUUUUUGGACAUUUUUCUAUAAAAAUUCAACAUGAAUCGGAAGAGGCAUUUUGCUUCUCAGAGCGACUGCUAUUGAAACCAACACCAUAAGUUAUUUAUCUCAAAAUUCUUAUCUCGGACUCUUCUAUCGCACUUCUAAGAAUUUGCUGGUGUUAUCCGUUCCUACCUUAUUUACAAGGUCUAUAUCUCUGUCUCGACCACUUGUCCCUUCCUGCGCGCCCAAUAAAAAAAGGCGACGCCGGCUGCCGUGAAGCCGUAACUGCCGUGUGCCAAAUAAAAAAAGGACCUAUCGCGUUCCAUCGUAAACUGCCAAUCGCUGACGCGAUAUAUGAAAAUAGCACUAUAAUAAUUAAAUUAACGUGAUAUAUGUUGUAUCGCUACUGUAACUAUGUACCGCAUUAAAUAAAAAUCGUUUUGUAUAUGCUACAAAAAUUACUCCUAAA